AUGGCGCCAUACAUUGGUGAUCCUCACUCAACCUUUGUUGAUCCCUCCGUCGUUGACAAGGCGGCCAAGGCCUCACCCCUAACUUGGGUAUAUGCAAUCCUGUUUCUGCUAGCUCUCACUCUAUUACUUGUACUAUUCGUAUAUAGCCGGAACAUUCUUCGCUGGAUCCUCGACAAGUUCUGUCCCGCUCGAAACGGGAUUGAACAGUCCGCCAUUACCAAUCUCCCCCUUCAAUCCUUCUCCGAUCUCAUAAGUCGGAUGGAGGAAUCGGCACCCGAGAUUGAGUGUGCUAUUUGCAUAUCCGAGUUCUCUCCCGAAGAAAUGCUUCGGUUGCUGCCCAAUUGCAACCAUGCAUUCCACGCCCACUGCAUUGAUAUCUGGCUUGCCAGCCACCGGACAUGCCCGAUUUGCCGCGCUAUUUGCACAUGA